ACCAACCUAUGCCCGCCUCCCCGCCUCCGCUCCCACCCGUCCGCGCACCGAUCGAAUUCGAAGCUUCAUCUCCCCCCUCCCAUCCCAUCCCCUCUACUGCACGUCGAGGAGUUGCUUCACCGUACAUACAGCACCGUCGAGCAGCUUGUGCAGGUACAAACCCCCUUGGGCCUUCACACGCCCUUUGCAUGCAUACAUGCACGCAUAGUUACAGGCAUCUCGUGUGUGUCGGCGCCACGCAAGUUCCAACCGGCGAAUUCCCGGCUUGGCGCAGCGGCGAGUGGUGGCUGUGGGUGGCAGCCGAUGGGGCUAACCCGCUUGCGGUCCAGGCUGCAGAUCGAUCCUUGGCAUGGGGGAUCACCCGUCGAGGGAUGUGCAAGCGAGUGGAUUUUUCCCGGGUAUGGUUUUGUUUGUUUCCAGCGGCGGCGGUGGGGGAGGUGGUGGAGGCAGUGGCCUGCUGGAAACGUACUCGACGUACAUACAUGCGAGGCUUGCGAUGCUCUGCACUCAUCAGCAGACGUGGUCGUUUCCGAAGUCGGCGUGGAGCGGGAGGAGGAGAGGAGCAGGAGGAGAUGGGGAGUGGUGGUUCGUGCGGGGGAUCGCAUCGCGUGACCGUGGGGUCGCUGCAUGCGGAAAGUCCAGACGACAUGCGGGCCCCACUAGGCAGUGGGAUGGCCAAGUACAUCUGUACGGUAUUCUCACACCACACAUACGCACACCCCACAUACACAUACACACAUAUCUACACAUACACACAUAUCUACACAUAGACAUACACACGCACGGAUACAGAACAGAAAGAGGGAGAGAGAGACCGCGGCGGCGGACAGCUCCCAUGGCUAUCCCGGCUGCACGCGGCUGCCGGUGCCGAAUCACCGUGCUCGUAUAUGCUCGCCGCGCUGUGUGCUAUGGGACAUACGGUAGAUACGGUACUCGACGUCGAAACCCGCUUCGAUGUGGCGCAAGGUGGAAGGUGGAAGCUCGUGGAGAGCUAGGUACUCUGCGUAUACCAAGCUUUGUUCGGCAGGCAGCAGGCAGACGACCAACCAGACGCAAUGUCGCAGGCAGCCAGACGAAGGCAGCCAGACGAAGGCAGCCAGACGAAGGCAGCCAGACGAGGGCAGCCAGACGUUGGGGAGGGGAGGAUCAUAAGUAUCAUAUAUGGCAGCUCGAUACAGCAUGGCGUUCGCUCAUCUUUCUGCUUCUACAGCUCCCCUCCUCCUGCUCAUCGCUCAUUGCUCAGUGCUCACUCUCCCCACUACUAGGUACGGACAGCUCAAUCGAUCCAUCCUCCUUCCCCUCCUCUUCUUCCUUCUCCUCCUCCUACCUCAUCCCACCUCCUCCUACCUCCUUGCAUCGUCGGAUCCGUUCGGCGUAUGUAAUGUUUACCGGAAAGUGAUCGGGUCGAGCUCGGCCACUAAGCUUACGGCGUCCAGGCAGUCUUCCAUAGGUAGUCCACAUCCCACUAUCCACAGCCUGAUUCCAGCGGAUUGGGGCCCUAAGUUCUUUCCUCGCAGCAGGCAGCAGCUCUCCCCACUCUCUCUCCACUCUCUCGUACGGGAAACGAAAGAAAGAAAGAAAGAAAGAAACGUUGCUCGGUUGGAAGAGCUUUCUCCGCCGUUAUCGAUAUCCCAUCGGCGAGGCGAAGAACAAGGAGGAGAAGAAAAAGAGGAAAGAAAGAAAGAAGCUCUGUUCGGUUCUGUCGAUCGCAGACUU